UGCCAAUCCAGUUCUUCAUCAUUGGCCUCUGUAUCACUGGCGUCCACCAUCUCCUACGCAGCGCUCUCAUCUGUCAGCUCUGUUCCACAUAUUGCAACCAACAGACAAUUUAUAAGGGCAUGCUGGGACAACAAGAGUUGCAAGAAUUCCACAGCUGCCGUCCACCAUCAGGUUUCGAGAGAGGUUACCAGCAGAUUCAUUCAACCUUGCCGAUGAAGUGAUGUUUUCAGACAAGAAGAGGUAGCCGUGGCCUACUGGUUAGGGUUUUGGGCUUGUAACCGAAGGGUUGCUGGUUCGAUCCCCGACCAGUAGGAAAAAUGUGGGCCGGGGGAGUGGUUUAGCACUGCUCUCCCAUGCCCACAUCCAUGGCUGAAGUGCCCUUGAUAAAGGCACCUAACCCCUCACUGCUCCCCAAGCGCCGCUGUUGAGCAGGCAGCUCACUGCUCCGGGUCUCUACAUACAUAACUGUUCCUCAGUCCCCUAUUACACACACUUUCGUCCAAGGGAAUGUUCUAGUGAGUGAUGAAGUUCUUUUAUCGGCUAUAUCAGCCUUCACAUCAAUGGAUCCACCCUUGUCCACGACACAGAACUCAACACAGAACACUCUGAAUAUGCAUGCAGGUGGAUCAUACCUUCAGCACCAACAGCAGCCAACACAUUUGCUUCCUUCCAACCAAACCCAGACAGCAUCUUCCCAGAUGCCAUGUAACAAUGGCAACUCAGUUGUCCAGGUUUACAGUGCCUUGCCACCAGUAGUAGGUGGAAGCGGUGGUGAAGCUCAAGCCAUGGGACAGCAAUCUUUCCCUCCCACUCAGGUGCCAAGCCAGUGUGUGGAGAGUCAAGGCUUUACAUCACCUCCAGUUUACAGUUUUGGGAAACAGGCAUCAAAAACAUGUAUCAGUGCAAACCUGACUGAUUUGUGUAAAUAUGAGAAAGUAAUUAUUCCCAAACGAUCUAGAAGGACCAAGAAAGACCAACAAGAACAAGUAAAGGGGAAGAUUCAGAGGCUGAAAUGUGAUUUCUGUGAAAAAGUCUUCACUAAAAAUUUUGAUCUCCAGCAACACAUUCGAAGUCAUACAGGUGAGAAGCCCUUUCAGUGCAUUGUUUGUGGCCGUGCAUUUGCACAGAAGUCCAAUGUGAAGAAGCACAUGCAAACACAUAAGGUUUGGCCCAGUGGCACAGGUAGCGCAGGCUCCCGGCUCCCAAUUGCCAUUAAGGUGGUACCCCUUUGCGGCAACCAAAACCAAGAACAGUCUGAGCAAGAGGAUGACGGAGAACAAACUGGACAAUCAGAAUAUUUUGUGGAGACUGCUAAGACCCACUGUGAAGGGCAUCUUGGAGUGGAUCCUGGGGGUGGACAUAAGCCAGAACCCCAGGUUAGAAACAAACAGAUCAUUGUCAUUGACAGCUCUUACCAGUGUCAGUUCUGCAUGGGGAAGUUCAACACUUACUUUCGCCUGAAGUCCCAUAUGACUCAACACAAAAAUGAACAGGUGUACAAAUGUGUGGUGAAAGUGUGCUCUCAGACGUUUCAGAAACUUGACUUGUUUCUUGAACAUAUCCGCACACAUCAGGAUCACCUCACUUACCGUUGCCACCUGUGCAGUAAGGUGUUCUCCACACUGUUUGAACUGGGAGUGCACCAGUACUCGCAUAACCUCUGCCCUCAGAGGAACCAACGCAAAGAACUGACUUUGUACAGGUGUAUUAAAUGCCAGAGUAAAUAUUCAACACAGGAGUCACUGGAGCAGCAUCUUUUAACGGCCUGUCAUAGUUUCCCCUGUCCACAUUGCCAUAAGGUGUUCCCCUCUGAAAGGUACUUCCGAAGGCAUCUUUCAACGCAUGGAAUUGGCGGAUCGUACAAGUGUAAAACCUGUAGAAAAUACUUCAGAACAGAACACUACCUCAAACUACACUCUCUGAUUCACUCAGGAGAAAAACCAUAUAAAUGUUCAGUCUGUGAGGCCACCUUUAACAGGAAGGACAAAGUGAAGAGGCACAUGCUCAUUCACGAGCCCCAUAAGAAAUACAAAUGCCCAUUCAGGAAUCAUGUGGGCUGCAGUAAAGAGUUCAACAGAGCUGACAAGCUGAAGGCUCAUAUAUUGUCUCACUCUGGUAUUAAGCCCUUUAAAUGUCAUUUCUGUCAGAAGUCCUUCAGCCGCCGAGCCCACCUGAUUGAGCACCAAUGUUCACACAAUGACAAUUACCGCUUUCGUUGCUCUACAUGCAAUAAAGGAUUUACAAGACAGAAGUACUUCAGUGACCACAAUUGCCCUUGUCUGACUAAAAAUAAUUCAGAUGAAAAACUUAAAGACAGGAGUCUCAACAAAAGGAUGUUGGUCCCAAGUUGGAAGACUGAAGGUCAAACUGAGAUGGUAAAUUUAGUGACAGAAGAUCAAAGACAACACAAAAAACUACAAGAAAUCUUCGACAGUAAAGAUGUUAACAGCAUCAUCAGAAACAUGCCAGUCAAAAGCACAGGGAAGAAAAGCAAGGGUAAGGAAGAUGCAGAAUGUACAGAGGAACAUAUGUGUGAAGGAGGAGCAGGAUCACUGUUGUUGACACCUAUGUUUACAGAGAGUGUUGAUUGAAGUUUGUGACAUGAUGUGACAUACCAGUGUCACAGUUUGCCAUUAAUGGGAAGGACCAUGUCAGUCUGAGUGUAUUUUGCAUUUUUAUAUAUUUUUCGAUAAUAUAAACUCAGUUUACAUAGCAUGUUAUGUCACAGAAUGAGAUGGUAUCACUGCAAAACAUUUGGUGCUGUAUCGCAGUCCAGAGUCUGAAUUCUCAUUGUUGCACAGACAGACGGCACUAAUUUCACAAUUGGUGCUUUCAUUAUUCCAUGUUCUUAAUUGUACAGGUGCUUUUCAAAAAAUAAGAAUGCUGGGGAGAAGGUUUUUUUUUUCUUCCAUAAUUUAUUUCAGAAAGUUCAACUUUAACUUAUUCUAGAUUCAUUACACAUGGUUAUGGUUAUAGUAUUUAACAGGCGCUUUUGUUCAAAGCGACAUACAAAUGAUUCAAUGAUUCAAUUUAACAGUAAACAAUUUAAAAGUUGGUAAUACUACAUAAACAAAAUGGUUCUCCUAGACGAUUGACUAUUGUUGUCAAAGUUGGUAUACAUGAUGUUGAGAUGUUGGUAUUAUCCUGUCUUGUAGCAACGAACCUAACACCUUUUUGGACAAAUCUUGGCUACACUUUCCAUGAAAUAAAAUCAAUGGUUUUGCCCAACCAA